AUGUUCACCCGGCUUGUCUGUAUCAGUGAUUAUGAGCAACAUGCUAAAUCCAUACUUCAGAAGUCUAUAUAUGACUAUUAUAAGUCUGGGGCAAAUGAUCAGGAAACCUUGGCUGAUAAUAUUGCAGCAUUUUCCAGGUGGAAGUUGUAUCCACGGAUGCUCCGGAAUGUGGCUGAAGUAGACCUGUCAACUUCUGUUUUAGGGCAGAGAGUCAGCAUGCCCAUAUGCGUUGGGGCUACUGCUAUGCAGUGCAUGGCACAUGUGGAUGGAGAGCUUGCAACCGUGAGAGCCUGUAGGACCCUGGGAACCGGCAUGAUGCUGAGUUCCUGGGCUACCUCUUCAAUUGAAGAAGUGGCAGAAGCUGGUCCUGAGGCACUUCGCUGGCUGCAACUUUACAUCUACAAGGACCGUGAGGUCACCAAGCAGCUGGUGCAGCGGGCUGAGCGGAUGGGCUACAAGGCCAUAUUUGUGACAGUGGACACUCCUUACCUGGGCAACCGCUUUGAUGAUGUGCGUAACAGGUUCAAGCUGCCACCCCAACUCAGAAUGAAAAAUUUUGAAACCAAUGAUUUAGCAUUUUCUCCUAAGGAAAAUUUUGGAGACAAUAGUGGACUUGCUGCAUAUGUGGCUAAAGCAAUAGACCCAUCCAUCAGCUGGGAGGAUAUUAAAUGGCUAAGAAGACUGACAACUCUGCCCAUUGUUGCAAAAGGCAUUUUGAGAGGUGAUGAUGCCAAGGAGGUGGUUAAACAUGGUUUGGAUGGGAUCUUGGUGUCAAAUCAUGGGGCUCGACAACUCGAUGGGGUACCAGCUACUAUUGAUGCUUUGCCAGAAAUUGUGGAGGCUGUGGAAGGGAAAGUGGAAGUCUUUCUGGAUGGGGGUGUGCGGAAGGGGACUGAUGUUCUGAAAGCUCUGGCCCUGGGAGCCAAGGCUGUGUUUGUGGGGAGACCGAUCAUUUGGGGCUUGGCUUCCCAGGGAGAGAAAGGCGUUCAAGAUGUCCUUGAGAUAUUGAAGGAGGAAUUCCGUUUGGCCAUGGCUCUGAGUGGGUGCCAGAAUGUGAAAGUCAUCGACAAGACAUUGGUGAGGAAAAAUCCUCUGGCCGUUUCCAAGAUCUGACAGUGCACAAUAUUUUCCCAUCUGUAUUAUUUUUUUUCAGCAUGUAUUACUUGACAAAGAGACACUGUGCAGAGGGUGACCACAGUCUGUAAUUCCCCACUUCGAUACAAAGGGUGUCCUUCUUCUCCAACAAAAUAGCAAUCCCUUGCUAUUUUAAGUUCAUUGCUUCUGACUUUUCAAUGGGUGUCCCAGGAACCUUUUAGAAAGAAAUGGACUUGCAUCCUGAAAAUAUAUUAACUGUUAAAAAGAAAACAUUGAAAAUGGGUUUAGACAAUGUCAUCCCCUGACAGGCCACGGGCUGCAAAACAAAAGAUAUCCUUGGAUAAAAUUGGAGGUAGCUUGUGUGGAGGUGAAAAGAUAAUGAUUACUGUUUAUUAAUCUGCAUGUGUCUGGAUAGCUUUAAAACCAUGACCUUAAAUUAUAUGUGCCAAGUUCAGAAGGCUGGAGGUGCCUGGAGAAAUAGGAGAUGUGGGUUCACAAUACUGAGGAGCUAGCACUUGAUAGAAUUAGGAUAAAUUGGUGGUGAUUUGUGAUUUUUCUAGAUAACUUUUUUAACACCCUGGGCUAUGUUGCUUCUCUGAGUGUCAAUUUCCAUUCACAUCUUCCAUUCGCAUCUUUAGUAUCUGAAUAUA